CGUUCCUCUCUCUCUCUCUCUCAUCGUGCUGUUAUAUUGGCGCUCUCUCUCUCUUUCUCUGGCCUUGAAAUCGUCGAUCGACGCUGGUGUUGAUGAAAGUUUUGCUUUUUGUCUCGGAAUUCGAUCGAUUUUGAGUUUGAUUUCUAUCGGUGAAGCCAGUGAUUAGGGAAGGAGGAGUUAUUUGUGAAGAAUUGAUGUUGUAUUUGGAUAGGGAUCAAUGAGGAGGGAGAAGUGGAGAGAUCUAGGGUUUUUUUGGUGAAUUGACGGGUGUUUUGAUUGGUGAUCUUGUUUUUCGGAAGGGAUCUAGGGUCUGGUAUUUGUUGUAUGAGAUAUAGAGGGAUUGGGUAGAUGGAUGUGGAGGUGGUGGCACGGGAUUUGGCUUCCCUUGAUCCGGAGCUUCUUCAGCUCCCUGAGGUAUCGACUUUGGCGCUGAAGGAGAACCCUGGAAUCGCAGAGCAACUAUACUCGCAGUGGCUCUCUCUCCCGGAAACCGCUCGGCUGGUAAAAACUCUUAUUGGCGAUGCAAAGGCUGGAUCAUCUUUGAAUGUUCAUGGUGGUUCUAAUGGUGGAAAUGCUGCUACAAGCAGUCCAUUACCUUCCAUGUUCCCUGCUGGUAGUGGGCCUCCACUUUCACCUAGAAGCAGCUCUGGAUCCCCUCGAGUUGUGAAACGUGGAGGGCUAGGACCCUCAACAUUAGGCUCUCCUUUAAAGUUGGUCAGUGAACCUGUGCGGGAGGUCAUACCGCAGUUCUACUUUCAGAAUGGCUGUCCGCCACCAAUGGAGCUGAAAGAACAAUGCUUAUUCAAAAUUGAUGAACUUUUCUCUGGCCACUUAGAUGGACUUCAGGUUCAAGAAUUUAAAUAUGUUACAAAAGAAGUAUGCAAGCUGCCAUCAUUUUUCUCCAGUUCUUUAUUUAGAAAGAUUGAUGUUGACUGCAUUGGUGUUGUCACAAGGAAUGCCUUUAUCGAUUAUUGGGUAAACACCAACAUCAUGACAAUGGAUAUUGCCACUCAAAUAUUCACAAUUUUGAAGCAACCAGAUAAUAAGCAUCUGACAAAGGAAGAUUUCAAACCUGUUCUACGAGAGCUUUUGGCUACCCACCCAGGGUUGGAGUUUUUACAGGGCACUCCUGAGUUUCAAGAAAGAUAUGCGGAAACUGUCAUAUAUAGAAUAUUCUACUACGUAAAUAGAUCUGCAAAUGGCCGUCUUACCCUUAGAGAGCUGAAACGUGGGAAUUUAAUUUCUGCAAUGCUGCAUGCUGAUGAGGAGGAGGACAUUAAUAAAGUUUUGAGAUACUUUUCCUAUGAACACUUUUAUGUGAUAUACUGCAAGUUUUGGGAGCUGGAUACCGAUCAUGAUUUUUUUAUAGACCACGGCAACCUCAUCAAAUAUGGAAAUCAUUCACUCACUUAUAGGAUUGUUGAUAGGAUCUUUGCACAGGUACCAAGGAAAUUUACCAGCAAAGUUGAAGGAAAAAUGAGCUAUGAAGAUUUUGUUUAUUUUAUGCUUGCAGAGGAAGAUAAAUCAUCUGAACCUAGUCUUGAGUAUUGGUUCAAGUGUAUAGAUUUAGAUGGAAAUGGAAUUCUAACACCAAAUGAGAUGCAGUUCUUUUUUGAGGAACAGUUGCAUCGCAUGGAGUGCAUGGCUCAGGAACCUGUACUUUUUGAGGACAUCCUCUGCCAGAUGGUUGAUAUGGUUGCACCAGAGAAUGAGUGCUACUUCACGCUAGGUGACUUAAAAGGAUGCAAGCUUUCCGGGAAUGUUUUUAAUAUUCUCUUCAACCUAAACAAGUUCAUGGCGUUUGAAACCCGUGAUCCUUUUCUUAUUCGUCAGGAGCGUGAAGAUCCAACAUUGACAGAAUGGGACAGGUUUGCACACAGAGAAUAUAUUAGGCUGUCUAUGGAAGAAGAUGGUGAGGAUGCCUCCAAUGGUAGUGGUGAUGUUUGGGAUGACUCACUUGAAGCUCCCUUUUGAUUAAAGGAUCAGUGGAAAAUCAAGAAAGGUUUUGGCUUCGCAAUGCUUGCUCAAAGCUAACGAAGAAGCAGCUACACACAUCACAUACUGUUAUCAAGGAACCGGCAGCAUACAGUCUUACCGAUUUUCUCAGCCCACAGGCUAAAUUUCCUGAUUGUAAAAAUUAAGGUUGUUCCUAUUCCCUUCACUGCUUAUGCAAAGAGAAGCUGCUGGCACAUUGGAACAAGGUGCCAUAUGUGACUUGAGUCAGAGAGAAAAUCACAGGCGAAUCUCAGUCUAAUUCUUAACUGAUGUUUGAUUCAUUUUUCGAUGGCAUUAUAUUUGUUCAUUUAGGUUUUCCCUUUGCCAGGGGAUUAAUAUUGCUGUUCUCGCAUUCUAUUUCUCAUUUCUUUGGUUCACUCAAAUCGGCUGUUGCAUCCUCGUAGUCUUUUAUGUGCUUAAUUCGGUUUCUACAAUGCGAAAGAAAAAGCUUUAGUCUUUCACUGUUUUACCUCAUUCCAAUUGUAGUAGUUGUAAGAACAUUGUGUUCAUAGUUCAGCUCAAUAAAUUGGCAACUAUUUUUUGUUUUCA